CUUCCAUUGGCCACGUGGCACUCUGACGUGGAGCUGGUGUGUGCUAGGGCUUUCGCAAUUUCUAGGGUUUGUGCGAUGGCUGAGGCGCGCUCGGUAAUGCGGGCGCUGCUGCGCGCCCGGAAGGUCGCAUUCAAGGACGACAAGCCGAUGAUCGACGCGGCCGCGAAGCACGUACGAUCGAUCUUCGAGGAGCGGCGGCGGGUGAGCGAUCCGGUGGAGCUUGAGAAGAAUCUCCAGGAGGGGCGGGAGGCGGCGCAAUACCUGGUGGAGAAUGUAAUCCAAGCCAAGAGGAAUUCGCAAGGCCACUACGCAAUGGGCUUAAAGAAGGAACACAUGGGAAUGGAAUUUGAGGGAGCGUCUCGAUGAGCUUGUUGGUAUAGAUUCUCUUCUUUUUGCUUCUUUCCUACUGAUUGCUGGAAUCCUGGAUGCUUUCAAUAACCUUAUCACAUUUUUGUCAAAUUUUUUUCGAGAUAUGCAAUACUUUUUGGUCUUCAAAGCUGAAAACCUUUAUACCUUCUUCGUUCUUAUUUGACAAAUGCAAAUAAACGUUUAUAUUCA